AUGUCAGCUAAAAAUAGUCACUCAUCCAUUGCAUCCCCUGCUAGCCCACCCACCACUUCCCAGCAUUCCACACCGAUUUUGUCUUCAGAGGAAGAGGAUUUUGAAGCCAAAGUAGAUGACCGGGACUUGCAAGCUAUAUCUCCAUCUCCAGAAGGCAAAGAACAAGAGGAAUCGGUUUCAGAGCGAGAGUAUCUGCAGGAAGAUGAAUACCUAUAUGAUGAAAAGUAUCUAGCCAGUAAGGACUACCUGUACGGAAAAUAUCUGAAAGAGGAACUCAAGACAAUGUUUCCACUGCAAAGCAAAUCUAGUCCUAUUGCAAGGAGCUCAGCCACUGGCAUCACAAUGGUGACUACUCACUCCCCUUUUCAACUUACCUACGCUGCUCCUCCUCCCACCUCAGAAGCUUUCAACGAAUACUACACUUACACAUAUCCUUUCUCCUCCAUGCGAGACCAGGAAAGUCAGACAGAAUGGACCUAUGAGAGCAAGCCAGCUACAUCUUUAAUAGCAAAAUCCAAAGCAGAAAAAGAAACAACGAUGCUAACUUCCCUGGAGUCUGAAACGGAAGUGUAUGGUGGCAGUGAAUUAGAUAAAGAAUAUGAAAAUGGCCAAGAGCCAAGCUUUGACAAGAAUGUAGAAGAUUCUCUACUAGAAGAAGUUAGUGACAAACAGGAAGCCGAAGAGUUCGAUGUCAACUUUCUUAACAGCUCCUAUCAGUCAGUGUUUAGGUUAAUCAUCCAAGAGAUGGCUGCUCUCCGUGAACUCGAGGAGGAUUUUGACAUUCCCCUGACCAAGCUGCUGGAAAGUCAAAACAAAAAGAAGCUAAGAAUGCUGUUGAAGAAAAAUUUUGACAAAUACAAAGCUGCAAUCCUGUGGAUUCUGAAGAGACGGGAAGGUCAGAAGGCAUCAGAGAUGUCCACGCUCACAUACUCUCUGUCGAAUCCACCGAAAAUCGAGGAGCCUAAGGGAGAAACCACAACAAAAUCUGCUGUUCAUGUUCGUCUUAAGAAACCAGAAAUUGACACAGAGUGGAUAAAACAGACGUUACAGGCACAUCAAGGUGAUGGAAGAAUAAUUCUCUACCCCAACAAGAAAGUCUUCCAGAUUCUCUUUCCUGAUGGGACAGGCCAGAUCCACUACCCAUCAGGAAACCUAGCCCUGCUCAUCUCAUGCACACAAGGCAGCAAGUUCACAUACAUCAUUCUCGAAGACAGCACGGACAUGUGGCUUCGGGCUCUUGUGAACAACUCGGGCCAUGCCACCUUCUACGAUGACAACAGAGAGGUGUGGUUGAGCCUGAGCAACAGCCUGGGCUACUACUUCCCCAAAGAUGAGCACACGAAGGCUUGGAACUGGUGGAACCUGGGCAUCCACGUGCACACACCCCCGGUCCAGUCGAUCACCUUGAAAAUCAACCAGUACAUCAAAGUACAAAUUCAGAGACAGGAUAACAUCAUCUUUACCUUCGUUCAUGAACAGAAGCGGAUUUGUUUCAAUCUGGGCACCAGGUAUAAGCUCACCAGCCCAGAGCUUCUGUGUGAAAUGGGGAAGACAGCCAUCCUGGAGGUGGAGCCUGGCCCAACGGCCCAGAAAAUUCAGACCCUCCUGAAAAAAAUGAAUAGGAUCCUGAAUUCCCUGUCAGUCCGUGAUUUGAAAAAGUUCAAAAAGGUCGCCAAGAAGUUGCUAGAGGACCAUUCAAAGAUGAAGGUGUGGUCGUUUCUGGAUUUAUAGUCAUCAUUGAAUUUCUCCAGGCUGUGUGUCAAAGUCCCUGAACUCUCUGGGGACAGGUGUGUCCUCUAGAACC